AUGACAGAACUACGACGGCGCCGCCCCCCUCGUCACAAGACAGGGGGGUCUCGGAAUGGUUACACAAAGGGGCUCGGCUCUUCCCAGUCAGGGAAGGACAGCUUUGUUGUGAUGGGGAUACCCCUCCAACAGUUAAUCAUUAACGGAUUAGGAAUUUUGGUGUGUCUCUACAUUGGCUACAAACAUGCUCUGUACAUGCGGACCAUACAUGAGAACCACAUGUGGUUCACCAACAUUAAGGAAGUGGAGAGGGAGAUAUCCUUUAGGACAGAGUCAGGACUGUACUAUUCUUACUACAAACAACUGGUCCAUGCUUCCUCCAUAACUCAAGGCCUCUAUGAGAUUACCCAUGACAACAUGACAGAGCAUCCAAGCACAAUCAAUGUACUGGAACGUAUGAACAUCUACCAAGAGGUCAUCCUUAGCAUCCUCUACAGAGUUCUUCCUAUCAAAGUAAGUCCUCAGCACCCUCUACAGCCUCAUCAAAGUAAGUCCUCAGCACCCUCUACAGCCUCAUCAAAACAUAUUAAGGCAAGUCCUCAGCAUCCUCUACAGAGUUUUUCCUAUCUAAGUAAGUCUUCAGCACCCUCUGCAGUCAUCAAUAAAAAUCCUUCCGAUCAAAAUAAGUCUUCAGCAUUCCCUACAAAAUCCUUUUCAUCAAAUAAAGUCUUCAUCAUCCUCUACAGAAUCCUUCUCAUCAAAGUAAGUCCUCAGCAUCCUCUACAGAUUCCUUUCUUUCAAAGUAGGUCCAUAGCUCCCUCUACAAAGUUCUCUACAUCAAAACUGGACACAACUCGUGUGGAGUAUAUUAUCCCCUUGCGUGAGAGUUUCUCCCUACCAUUCCUGUGGGUACAGAUAGCUGCCACCUCUUUCUACUUCAGACCCAGCAACAACCCUACCAAAGAUAAACUGUCCAUAGCCCUGAGCCUAGUGAGUACCUUCUUCUUUGCCCUGGGAUGGCAGUUCAACCAGUUCAUCAUCCUUCUUCAGUCCUUUUCCCUGUUUGGUGUGUGGAUUUUAGACCUUGUUCCCCCGAAGAAGGUGAAGAUGAUGUUUUAUAUUGAGGCCAUUUCCCUACUGGCAGUGUGUCUACUCCAGUUCAUCAACAAAAUGAUCCUUGGAUCGUUUGUGAUGAGUUUUAUACCAGCAGCUUUGUUCCUUAUGUAUAUAAAGGGAGAUGACAUGAAGCUUUGCAGUAUACCCUCCCGAAUCUUUAAAGUGAUAUCUUACAGCACUGUAGUACUGAUGUUAAUGGUUUCUAUCAACUUGUCAGUGAAGGUUCUAAUCAAUGUAGAAGCAGAUGAACAUAUAUACAAAUUUGUGCUGUCUAAAUUUGGAAUAGGCAAUCCUAGGGACUUUGAUUCACGGAUAUACCUGUGUUUGGAGGCGUUUAACUUCCUGUCGUUUGAUACUUACGAGAGACUGACAAAAGGCAUGGUGUUCCCUUUCUAUGUGGCUACGCACGCGGUCCUGCUCAUAGUGCUGUGUGUAGCUGUUCUUCAGAACUGGAGUAAUCAUGUUCAUGAUUCAACAGUAAAAGACACUGCUAGUACAAAGAAGUCCCAUCUCCUUAGUAACAGACCAGAACUAGCAUACCAUAUAGUGCAGACAGUGUUUUUUGGUGUGUUAGCCAUGUCUACACUGCGAAUGAAGUACCUAUGGACUCCUUACAUGUGUAUACUUGCAAGCUUUGGAAUCAGUGAUUACCGCAUGUGGAGGACUGUCCUUGCUCAUCUAAAAACACAGGGCAUGAUGGUACAGAUUGUGCGACACCUGGCCACCCUGAUUGUCCUAGCUGCCUUGUUAGCAAUAGCUCUCCCUCCAGUAUUUAAAGAGCUAGAAGAAUUAAAGGAAUUCUGGGACCCUGAUACAGUUCAGCUCAUGGAAUGGAUUAAAAAAGAAACCCCCAAAAAGGCAGCAUUUACAGGGAGUAUGCAGUUACUGGCCGGCGUCAAACUAUGUACUGGUCGUCCAAUCACAAAUCACCCCCACUACGAGGACAAACAACUACGAGACAAAACAAAAGAUCUUUAUCAAAUAUAUGCCAGAAAAACACCGGAGGAUGUGCACAAACUACUAAAGAAGCAUAAAGCUAAUUAUAUAAUUUUGGAGGACAGUAUUUGUUUAGCUCCGUCAAGGAAUGGGUGUCGGACCCCGGAUUUGAUGGAUUUUCACAAUGGCCAUCUUCCUGAUGCCAGUAACGGCAAGAUGGAGCCUGGACUUGUUCGCAGUAAAGUGGCGAGAUUUUGUGAUGAGAUUCGAUACAAUGGGACACGUUUCUUGAAGCUUUUUAAACCUGUCCUGAGUAACAAGACAUUCCGCGUCCACAAGGUGGUAUAGCAUCAUCGUGAACAGGCAACGGACAACCACCUCAUCAGAAACUGGUCACCAUUGUCUAAAAAUUGAUUUGUACUCUGACAUGGCUUCUCAUAGUGUGAUUGAGUAUGAGUGGAAACAUCUGUGAGAAUAUUAUGUCGGUCUCUACGUUAGACAAGAACUCGUAACCAUGACACAAUGUAUCCUGGAAACACUACUUGUAUUAGGAAAAGUUUAAAUUGGAAAAAAAUUAUGACAUACAAGAGACCUGUAUUUUAACAAAAGAUAUUUUAUUUUGACUUUGUUUAGCCUUUUUUUCUUUCUAUUUUAACUACUAUGAUUUUUUUAGAUGGAAGUCAUACGAUCUGUUUACAGAUGCCUUACUAUGGCAUACAUACUGAAUAUUAAGUAGGAACCUUUAAUAGAUAUUAAUCAGACUAUUGAUUUAAAAACAAUUAUCUGGAUUCUGUUGGGAAGUAAUUUUAAUCAUGUAGCAUCCGAAUAACAACACAUACAGUUAGGCUCCUGUUGGCUUUCAUUAGGUUUUCAGACCUAUCAUGACUUCAUUAUGAAUUAAAAUCGGCUAUACAAAUUAGGAAGGGUAUAAAGAAUACCAGUACGACAAUCUCGUCACAUUUUGAUAUUAAAAAAACACAUGCAAGUGGAUUUUGGGCUGUACCAGAUUGAGACUGUUUAGGUACAGACAUUAUGUCUAAUUAUCGAUAGAAUACCAUUCACAUGUACAGUGAAUAAACGGAAAAUGUGUGACUUUUUAGUUAACAAAAAGUGACGACUUAAAAGUAUGACAGGUGACAUUUGUUUUACUCAUAUGUAAGGUUGAACUGGGGGCUCAGCCUAAGUGCCAAACAUUUAAUCUUCUUGUACCUAUUUUAUGCACUAUAUUUCACUAGAAUGUUUUAUGGAAACUUCCAAACUUCUUUUGACAAUCUAUUUUGAAAAAUGAAAUUAUUUUUGUAGUGAAAUAUUGCAGAAUAUUGGCAAGGAUUCAUUUUUGAAUGUUAGGGUUAUACAUGGGCUUGGAAAAUGUGACCUUGCCUCACUUUCAUGUACAUUGGGGUGUUCUCAGAGUGCCAACCUAUUUACCAACAAUAGGCAAGUGUUGUUUUAUGAAACAAUGGCAAGUCAAUUAUAUAUUGUUUCAUAAAACCUGCAUUUCACCUGUGAAUACCCGAUAUUUACCUCGGUUUUAUACAGCACAUUCGCUCAGAUAUUUUUGCCAUAGCAGGUCCAAAUCAACCAUUAAUAGCUCAUUUUUACCGUUUUCAAUUGUAGCAUCUUUUCACUAAAAGUAAACACUGAAAAUUGUUUCCUUUUUUUCAUUUUAAAAAUCUUAUAAAACUUAAAACUUAAAAAUUGAGGUAACAUACAGGUCCAGUAGACUCUGGCAACUAUGAUACACCCUGUAAAUUUUACCCAUAGGAAAUAUUUCAAAAUAGAUUAGAAAAGUAUGGUUUGGUAUGGUAAUACGUUAAAUUUUUAAAAGCAGAUUUGAAUUAUUUUAUAAUUUUAAAUGAAGGGUGAAUUGGUUCCAGUUUUUUCUGAUACACACAUAUAAUUCCAAUAAAGAUAUUCCAUUUUUUUAUAUUUUGCAUCAGUAACUUGGACAUAAAAUUGAUUCAUGAAAUUGAUUCCUGGUCAUCUACAUGUUAUCUGUUGGGCACUGUUUAGCAGGAAAUCCUUAUCUAUAUGUUAAUCAUAAUAAUCCUAUUUGUGUGGUGACUAAUUAAUAACACUAAAUCCUAUUGGUCCUAUCCUCCACAUGAUGCAGGGUUUAAGUACGAGGAUAUACAGGGUACGUGUCGUUAGUUCUCACUUCUAACUAGAAAUCCAUGGAGAUACAGGUUGGUACCUGUGUAAGAUGUGUAACUAGAAAUCCAUGGAGAUACAGGUUGGUACCUGUGUACGGUGUGUAACUAGAAAUCCAUGGAGAUACAGGUUGGUACCUGUGUAAGGUGUGUUGGACUCUUAUGAGUUCACUUUGUUUUACUACUUUUAGGAUAGGUGUCACACAUGUGUGUGUCAAUAUUUUUCAGUUGACUACUAACUUGAAGUUGCAUUCUCCUAAGUAAAUGGCAUGGUUGAUAUUGGAUUUCAGCAUUUUGAUUAAUUUUUGAACAAGUACCAGAAUAGUACAUUAAAAGUUUGGCCAUUGUUAGUAGUUAAGCAGACUUUAGUCGGUAUUUUGAUACCGAUGUAAACACAGGUUAUUUCCCCUUAGUGAUUUUAGUGAAACACAUACUUGUGCUGUAAUAUAUUAUACCAUCAGGACGUACUUUUGGUCUCGGUGUAUCAGUCAACACAAACCUCCGUUGGUAAUUAGUGGGACUGACGUAGCAGUGUUUAUCAGUAGGAUUUGUUAUUUACACUGUACUCUACCUUGUCUGUCAUUUUGAAAUGUUGUAUUUAAAAAGAUUGUUUAUAUCAACACAUUAUUUUAGGAGAUUUACAUCAACACAUUAUUUUAGGAGAUUUACCUACUGAAAGCAGCCCAGUUUCCCAUGAUUACCUUGUCAAGUCCACAAGAUAAAAGAAGUUAUUUGGAUGCAUCUUAAUAUAAUAUACAUUAAGUAUUGUAGAAAAAGUAAAUAUUUAGUUUAUAGCUGAAAGUUGAGAAUAUUUUUUGCUUUUCAUGGCAUAUACAAAUAUUUAUGUUUGUUGUAUAUUUCAUUUAUAAAUUGCUUUAAUUAAUUAUGUAUAUUUUGACAAGAUUUUGCAUAAUGUUAACUUACUAAGUUAAUUAAGAAAACAGAUAGUUGUACCCAUGCAUGUAUGCUAGUGUACACCAGAUUGUGACAUAUAUUUAUACGGUAAGUUAAACAAGAUUACCAGUUUUAAGUAUAUUUAUAGGUUCAAGGUUUAAACCAGAAUUUAUAACCAAAUAUGAUAUUUUUAUGCUGCAGUGUUAAUUAGAUAUUCCAUCAAUACGUCAGAAUUCCAAUGAUUUGAUUACUUUACAUGGAAAUUGGAACCUGAUAGUGAUUGUAUCAUCAGGUACGAUUGUACCAUAUAUUUAUAUCGUAAUUCCAAUGUCAUCAGGAGUGUUACAUAUAUGUAUUUCAUAAAUAGUGCAAAAAUCAAAUAUAAAAUGAAUAUCUCAGUUAUAAAAAAAAACCAGCAUGACAAAUUAACAGUAUGUACAGGUAUUGAUUUCAGCUACAUGUAAGAUCCCUUAGUGUUGAUAUAAAAACCCAAAUUGUCUGGGUAUGUUGUUGUGAUUGCUAAGUAUCUUGGUAUUCACUCUUUGCUUGGUAAAUAUAGAUCAUUCCUUAAGAUUGGUCAUUGGAUACGAGGCAGUCAUUGUGAUAAAUAUGAAUGGCUGUCAGUGGAAUUUCUUCUUGCUUUUGAUUGGUCUGCAGACAUUGAGCUUUGUGAUUGGUCUUUGGAAUUCAAACAGUCCAUAUGAUUAGUUUAAGGAAUUCAGACAGUCCAUGUGAUUAGUCUAAGGAAUUCAGACAGUCCACCUGAUUAGUCUUAAGGAAUUCAGACAGUCCAUGUGAUUGGUCUAAGGAAUUCAGACAGUCCAUGUGAUUAGGCUAAGGAAUUCAGACAGUCCAAGUGAUUGGUCUAAGGAAUUCAGACAGUCCAUGUGAUUAGUCUAAGGGAUUCAGACAGUCCACCUGAUUAGUC